UUGAAGUAUAAUCAACAUUUGCAUGAUCUAUUGUAAAAUUAUGAAUUCAAAACCUAUAAUCAUUCUUUAUGUGAUGCAUUAUCUUGUCGUCAAGUUAUGUGAAUAGGACAAAGGCCAGAGUCUUUCACGAGAGACUCCUGCUGAGUGCUGAGAUUGGAUCGACUCCGCAGCGCAGGCUGUUGAAGCUCCCAGUAUCUGUAUGCAUAUAUAUGAGAUAUUACACCGGUAUAUCCACUACUCUCUCUGUAAAUGUGGUUUUCUUGCUCGCGUUCUCUCAAGAAUAGCUUGAAGCCGGCCAAGAGAGGUACUGCUUUGAGAAGGAUUCGGGAUGAAGUGCGUUUCUGAAAUCAGGGGAUGAUAAAUGGAGCUGAGAAGAGAGAAAUCUGGGGUUACUAAGAAUUCAUGAACAGACGUAGUAGGAUAGGCUGAAAUCGAGGGGUUAUUCAUUCGCCUCGGUUUCUUAAGAGAAAUUUGCAUCGUUUGAGGUACACACUGCCAGUGAUACUGUUGUUUCUGCGACAGCUGUCGCAUGUUUUGCUGUUUUUUAGAUUCAUUUGUCCAGAGACGCCUUCAGUAUUUUCAGUAAAAAUGUCAAGGCCUCUUCUUCGGGGUGUAUCAGGUGGUGGAGGGCGAUUCUCAGGGACCAUUCAUGAUUUUUCGGAAGACUGUCAGAUGAAAGAAAGGAUAGAGAAGGAUCGAACAAAUGGAGCUGUCAGUACAUAUUUAUCUUCGAAAUAUCCUUUUCGUUUUCUUUUCACCAAUAAUUUGUCUUCGAACCACAGUUUGGGCGAUCAUGGUUUCAUCUCUGAUCCCUUUGGCCCCAGGGCUCCAAGGAGUCUGCAUAAAGUGACACUCUGUUUGCUCAAAUUCAGUUUAGCUGUAAUUGUAAUUCUUGCUCUUAUUGGUUCCUUCUGGUGGACACUUUCUGUAACAUCAAUGUCAAGAGGACAAAUAGUCCAUGGAUAUAGGCGGCUUCAGGAGCAACUGGUCUCUGACCUGUAUGAGAUUGGGGAGCUCUCUAUUGGUUCUUCAAGGUUGAGAGAAUUGGAGUACUGUUCUGAGGAGUCGGAAAACUAUGUUCCAUGCUUCAACGUAUCAGGAAAUCUUGCUCUGGGAUUUUCUGAUGGCGAAGACUACGCCCGCCAUUGUGGACACAGGUCGAAGCAAAACUGUUUGGUUCUCCCACCUGUCAAUUAUAGGAUUCCCCUUAGGUGGCCGACUGGAAGAGAUGUCAUCUGGUAUGCAAAUGUUAAUAUUACGGCACAGGAGGUACUGUCUUCUGGAAGUUUGACCAAAAGGAUGAUGAUGUUGGAUGAAGAUCAAAUCUCCUUCCGUUCAGUAUCUUCUACUUUUGAUGUUGAAGACUACUCGCAUCAAAUUGCAGAAAUUAUUGGCCUAAGAAAUGAGUCCUACUUUAUACAAGCUGGAGUACGCACUAUCCUGGACAUAGAAUGUGGAUAUGGUAGUUUUGGUGCGCAUUUAUCUUCAAACCAACUAUUGACCAUGUGCUUGGCAAACUAUGAGGCAUCAGGCAGUCAAGUUCAACUAACUUUAGAAAGAGGUCUUCCAGCAAUGAUCGGUUCAUUUAUUUCAAAGCAGCUGCCAUACCCAUCUCUCUCAUUUGAUAUGAUACACUGCGCAAGAUGUCAUGUUGAUUGGGAUACAAAAGAUGGCAUAUUUUUGAUUGAAGUUGAUCGUUUGUUACGGCCUGGUGGAUACUUUGUGUGGACUGAUCCUCUUGUAAAUUCUCAGCGUUCCCAACGCAACAACGGUAACCUCAAAAAAUGGAAUACAGUGCACACGUUUGCAGAAAAUCUCUGCUGGGAGUUGUUGCCACAGCAAGAUGAAACUGUUGUGUGGAAAAAGACGAGUAAGAAGAAGUGUUAUUCAACACGGAAAACUAGUUCCCCUUUUCUCUGCAGAAAGGGCCAUGACAUUGAGUCCCCAUAUUAUCGUCCACUCCAAGCAUGCAUUGGAGCAACUCAGAGCCCCCGAUGGGUUCCUAUUGAAGAAAGGAGAAAAUGGCCUUCACAGGCUACGUUAAACUCAGCAGAACUUGGAAUUUAUGGUUUGCAUUUGGAAGAGUUUGCGGAGGAUGCCAUUAACUGGAAAUCUGCUGUCCAGAAUUAUUGGUCUCUGCUCUCACCCCUUAUAUUUUCUGACCAUCCCAAGAGACCUGGCGAUGAGGAUCCUUCACCACCUUAUAAUAUGCUGAGGAAUGUGUUGGACAUGAAUGCUCAUUUUGGUGGUUUCAAUGCUGCCUUAUUAGAAACUAGGAAAUCUGUGUGGGUGAUGAAUGUAGUCCCUACAAAUGGACGUGGUACUCUACCUUUAAUACUUGACAGGGGGUUUGUCGGACUGCUGCAUGACUGGUGUGAACCAUUUCCGACGUACCCAAGAACAUAUGAUCUGGUUCAUGCUGAAGGACUUCUCUCUCUUGAAUUUGCUGAGCAGCCAAGAUGCCAACUGAUAGAUUUGUUUGCUGAGAUAGAUCGCUUACUUCGUCCAGAGGGAUGGGUGAUCCUGAGGGACAGUGCUCCUGUUAUUGAGUUUGCAAGACCUCUUACAACGCAGCUGAAAUGGGACGCACGAAUCGUAGAGAUUGAGAGUAACAGCAACGAGAGACUCCUAAUCUGCCAGAAACCUUUUUCUAAAAGACAAGCGAGCUAAUUCUUGAAAAGUGGCUGAUAACCAAAUAUGCUUGAUGAUAAUACUCACGUCUAUUUCUGGUACUGAGUUUAUCGCCAUUAAGUUCCGCAGAAUGGUGGAACGGAGGUUUUUUAAACCGAAAGAAGAUAGGAGGGAGCAGAAAUGUUUUACAAACCCGCAACUCCUAUGGAGCCGCAAGGCAGACAUAGGGCCAUGUAAGUACACAUCAAGUCACGGGGCAAGUGGAACAAAUAUAGGGCCAUACGCUAGUUCUCCUUGUGAUGUCCCAUUGUAGGGAUAGAAUUAUACAUAAAUUGAAUUGUGAAGACGUUAUACAAUCAGCAAGUAUGUUUUCAUAGUGUAUAGAAGUGCUUUAAAUAAAGAUGUGCACUUGAGUUGGAUCUCUUUUAUUACCAGAUAUUAACUAAA